AUGAAGCGACGAUCGUCCUCGGCAAUUUCGCGUCGGAGAGUCUCCCAACUUCCUAGCCAAAACCGUUCUCUGUCGAGCGAGAAAAAGCGGGCGGGGAGCCCCUCGCGGAAAAGCCUGCCUGCCUGCCUCAGAAAUGCAGGGCUCGACGCAGAGCGGACAAGAAGAAAAGACGAGGAAAGAAGAAGAGACGAAGAAAAGAACACGGAGAGAAGGAGGAAGCAGAAGAAAGAGACAACGAAGACUGUCUGUACACCGCUCCUCGAGAGCGAGAAGCAGGGAAACAACGGGGCCAGAGAGAGACCGGAUUCCUCUGUCCCCCGGCAGUCAGACGCUACAGACAAGUCUCCUUCUCUCCUUUUUUUCCAGAAGAAUCUGCAGCGUACCUUUCCUCAACUUUUUCUCCAGCAUUCUUCUCGACAAGCCGGCUCGUCCUCGGUCAGCAUCGAAAACGCGUUUGCUGUCGACACAGUGCAUCACGAGUUGUUUCUCCGAAUAUAA